AUGCAUAUUCACUCGAUCCCUAUGUGGACCGGGAAGGGCAACAAUUAUGCCUACCUGGUCGUAGAUGAGCCGACGAAGCAAUCUGUGAUUAUUGAUCCGGCCAAUCCGCCCGAGGUGGUCCCGGUGCUGAAGUCCAUGAUCGAUCAAGGCGAGAUCCAGCUGACGUCAAUUGUGAAUACCCACCACCACUGGGAUCAUGCGGGGGGCAACAAUGACAUGCUCAAACAAUUCGGCAAAAUCCCCGUCAUUGGGGGCAAGGAGUGCCAGUCCGUAACCCAGACCCCCCAGCACGGCGAGGAAUUCAAGAUCGGAGAGCGCAUCUCGGUCAAGGCGCUCCACACUCCAUGCCAUACGCAGGACAGUAUCUGCUAUUACAUGCAAGACGGGUCCCAACGGGUAGUCUUCACGGGAGACACUUUAUUCAUUGCGGGGUGCGGCCGGUUCUUCGAAGGCAAUGCGGCAGAGAUGCACAAGGCAUUGAAUGAGACUCUGGCUGCUCUGCCGGACGAUACCCGGGUCUACCCCGGCCACGAGUACACCAAGCAGAACGUGAAGUUCUGCAUGACCGUCUCCCAAACGGAGCCGAUCCAGAAGCUCCAGGCCUUUGCAGAGAAAAACCAGCAGACCCAGGGGAAAUUCACGAUCGGCGAUGAGAAGCUUCACAAUGUGUUUAUGCGUGUCCACGACCCGGAGAUCCAGAAAGCGACAGGGAAGACGCAGCCUGUGGACGUGAUGACUGCUCUGCGGGAGAUGAAGAACGCCAUUCAGGAGCAGGGACCCUCCCUGCCCACGGUGGACGAUAGCUACGGAGGGUUGAGCGACUCCGACACUCAGAACCACCUGGAGGUCGUCUUCUACCCCGACUCCAACCAUCGCCGCAAAUCAUCCCUCGUGACGAUGGAAAAGCCCAGGAUGCGAACCCACACCGACGAGAAUGAUAAGACAACCGCCUGUUACGUUCAUUCUCUCAUCGCGGGCGAAUGGGCCACGCCGCCACACAACCUCAGAGACACCGAGAAUGUCGUCCAUGAGGCGCAGAAUGAGGACGAGCCCGUCGCCCUGGUCAAGCCGCCGCUCGAAGAGGGCGCGCGGGUCUCAGUGACCGACGUCGGCGACCCACGGACCCUGAAGCCGGCCCCGAGUAUCGUCCAAUCGAGACACCUAACGAAACGGCAGCUGUCGGACAUGGCCUGGAACGUGCGCACGCUAUCGAAGAAGCUAGGCAGCAUCAAGCUCAAGCUCACCGUCAAGAAUGUCUUUGUCGUGUGCAAGGCGCACGACGAGUCGUUGGUCAGUCUGACGAGGAAACUGACGCGGUGGCUAUUGUCUCACGAGCGCGAGACGCCGUACAUCGUCUAUGUCGAGCAACGGCUACAAACGCAUCCGGAUUUUGGGGAGCUACAGCUCCUGCAGGAGGAGCCGUCGGCCAAGGGCCGGCUCAAGUACUGGGAUCCCCAACUCGCCCAGAGCCAACCGCAUCUUUUUGAUUUUGUCAUCACCCUCGGAGGGGAUGGGACGGUUCUCUAUACCAGUUGGCUCUUCCAGCGAAUCGUGCCGCCCGUGCUUUCCUUCGCGCUGGGAUCAUUGGGGUUCCUCACGAACUUUGACUUUGCAGACUACCAGCGGACAAUCGAGACUGCCUUCCGCGAUGGGGUAGUGGUCAGUCUGCGUUUACGCUUCGAAUGCACCAUCAUGAGAAGCAAAGCGCGGUUGAAAGACCCGCACUCGAGGGAAUUGACCAGUCGGGAUCUCGUAGAGGAAUUGAUUGGAGAAGAAGGCGAGGAUACCUUGACGCAUACCCCCGAUCGAGUCUAUGAGAUAUUGAACGAUGUGGUCCUAGAUCGUGGACCUAACCCCACCAUGUCGCAAAUUGAAUUGUUUGGCGACGACGAACACUUCACGACUCUCCUCGCAGAUGGAAUCUGCAUUGCUACACCGACGGGAUCAACCGCUUACAAUCUUGCUGCCGGGGGUUCGCUCUCUCACCCGGAGAACCCGGUCAUCCUCGUUACGGCCAUCUGCGCGCAUACACUGUCCUUUCGGCCGAUUAUCCUACCAGACACCAUCGUCCUGCGCAUGGGUGUGCCCUACGAUGCUCGGACUAGUUCAUGGGCUAGUUUCGAUGGUCGUGAGAAGGUCGAAUUACACCCCGGCGACUACGUAACCGUGUCGGCCUCCCGCUAUCCCUUCGCUAACGUGUUACCGCCCGGUCGGCGGGGCGAUGAUUGGGUGCAUAGCAUCUCCAAAACGCUGAAUUGGAAUUCGCGGCAGAAGCAGAAAGUAUUCAAAUAA